AUCUUUAUGACUAAGUUAUUUUAACACGUAUAAAUUCAGUCCUUGAGGCAAAAUACCCAACAUUAUCUGAAUAGGGUGGUCCUCUUUGUCUGCUUUCUGUCUCUCUAAAACGCACUAAAACACACACACACACACACACUCACACAUCAAGCACAGUAUUAUGUCAAAUCUAAACCAUCUCUUUGAUCUCCCCGAACAGAUUUGUUAUGUGCAGUGUGGCUUCUGCACAACUAUUUUGUUGGUAAGCGUACCGUGUAGCAGCUUGUCCACGGCGGUGACUGUGAGAUGUGGAUGCUGCACAAGCCUCCUCUCUGUCAACAUGAUGAAAUCUUCAUUUGUCCCACUUCAUCUUCUUCUAGCUUCUCUUAGCCGUGAUGGUGAGGGCAAAAAAGAAGCGAGUCCAAAGGACGGAGAUGGGUGCAGGAGGUUGGACAGGCAAAGCCCAUCCAUGUUAACUUCCUCAGACUAUGAAGAGGAAGAUGGAAUCCAUAUAAAUCAAAUAGUUAACAAACCCCCAGAGAAGAGACAAAGAGCUCCAUCAGCCUAUAACUGCUUCAUCAAGGAAGAGAUAAGAAGGCUUAAGGCUCACAAUCCAAACAUGACUCACAAGGAAGCCUUUAGCACUGCUGCCAAAAAUUGGGCUCAGUUCCCUCCAACCCAUUACAGAAAAGAUGUAGAGUGCGGUGAAAAUCAGGAUCCCAGCGAGACGACAUGGAACUCUGAUGCUCUUGAGGGCAGUACUGCUGGGUUCCGCGAAAGAAAAGCUCCAAGGAACUCCAUUUGGGCAAGAACACCUUUUGAUCAGUGAACAAGGAAGACUUACAAAUAUAAACUGUCAUAAGAGCUAGGACACCAGAAUCUUCUCUCUCUCUCCCAUUUAGGAAUUAGGGUUUUAGGGUACGUAGCCUUUAUGAGGGUAGAUGCUCUCUUGGGAAUGUGGUUUUCACUGCAAGCUGAUUUCUGACUGAAAACAGACUUCAAUUUUCUAGUGCGUGAUGUAUGAUUCAUAAAACAUAUAUAUAUAUAUA